UUAAAGAGAAGUAGCCCCGGAUCCCAGCAGCCGUGUGACUCCCGGCUUUGCGCACCCCUCACUGCUGCGCCAAACCCAGCCUGCCUGUGCACCGCCAGUGCUCCCGACGGCGGUGAGGAUGCGAACUUCUCUGGUCGUGUGCUGCUGCGUCUUGGCGCUACAAUGCCUCCAGAGCACGCUUUGUCUUCCAGUGCGGGGAUCCAGCAGGUACAAAGUGGCACCGGUCUCUGAAAAGUUCCCCGACUUGAAGAAGAGGGGGAAGGUUCCUCACGCUCAAGAUCUAGUAAAGGAGAUGACGAACACCUCUAACACGUGGAACCGACCUCGCUGUGGCGUACCGGACUACCCCGCCGACAAGGAGGUGCAUUAUCGGGGGCGACAGAGACGCUUCGUCCUGUACGGAGGACGUUUGGAGAAGACAGACCUCACCUACAGGAUCGUCCGUUUUCCCUGGCAGAUAGGUGAGGAAAAGGUUCGACGUGUCUUUCGGGAAGCGUUGAAAAUCUGGAGCGACGUCACCCCGCUCACCUUCACCGAGAUCCACAGUGGGAAGGCCGACAUCCGCAUCGACUUCACAAGGUACUGGCACGGAGACAACCUUCCUUUCGACGGCCCGGGCGGGAUUCUCGCUCACGCCUUCUUCCCAAAAACACACCGACAGGGCGAAGUUCACUUUGACUACGACGAGUCAUGGACCCUCGGAAACCACAUGGGCACAGACCUUCUCCAGGUUGCUGCCCAUGAGUUUGGGCACGUCCUGGGCCUGCAGCACUCCAGCGAGCCAGGAGCCAUCAUGUCGGCAUACUACUCCUUCUCCUACCCGCUGAAGCUGAGCGUGGAUGACAAGCGAGGCAUCCAGUACCUGUACGGAGCUCAUCCGCAAGUCCUGCCCUCACCGCCACCCCCGCCUCCGCCACCAUCAAACCCAGAGACCAAUGAGAUCCUUCAGAAUCCCGACGCCUGCCAGACGGACUUUGAUGCCGUGUCUAUAAUCCGAGGGGAGCUGUUCUUCUUUAAGUCGAGCUACGUUUGGCGGAUCAGGGACGGGCAUCUGCAGAGCGGUUACCCAGCGCUGGCAUCCCGUCACUGGAGGGGGAUUCCCGACAACAUUGACGCCGCCUUUGAAGACAAGUCUGGGAAUAUUUGGUUCUUUCAAGGUGAGAACUACUGGGUGUUCGAUGCUGAGACGCAAAUCAGAGGGCCGGAGUCCAUCAGGACUUUGGGUCUGUCGGUGUCCGGGAUCCAGGCGGCGCUGCGCUGGGGGGACGACUCCAACUACAACACCUACUUCUUCAAGUCAGGCAGCUACUGGAGGUUCAGCGCCCGCGAGAACCGGGUCGAGUCCGUUUACCCACGCAGCAUGCAGGACUGGAGCGGCAUCCCUGACAACGUGGACGCCACUUUCAGUGAUGUCUACGGCUACGCUCACUUUAUCCGAGGACGACAGUACUGGAAAUUCGAUCCCGUUGGCAUGAACUCUUUGGAGGGCUACCCUCGCUACGUCGGCAUGGAUUUUUUCGGCUGUAGAAAUGUGUGAGUCUUUAACUGUGGAGAAUCACGCUAACGGAUUUUCUUUUUUUUGACUAUGAAGAGUUCUCGGCGCAGAGGCGUUUGUGUGUUCAUCCUGGGGAUUCAAGAGGGAUGAGACGAUCUCCUUUAAAUCUGUUUAUGCUUUACUCCAUUUAUUGAAUUACACCUUCUUCUCAGGAAAACCAAGUUAUGUUUCCUCAGACUUGGCACCUCCUGUGCAGCUAUACUCAUAUUUAUUUUGCAAAUUUUUGUCACCAUCAGGCUGAGAUCUGGGCCCUGUAGUAAUGACGUGUGAUGCUGCAUUGUUCUCACUUCCUGUCUUUGGGCCUAAAAUUUAGAUAUUUUUCCCCACUUGUUUUGGUUCGCAGAGAGAACCAGCACAGACUGUAGAGGAUGUUUUCCAUUUCAGCUCUUCUGUUUUUUUCAUCAUGGAUGGACUCUCUGAUCCUCAAGUGUUUGAAGGGUGACAUCAAACUUCAAGCUGCAGAAGGUAGAUUUGAACAUUUGGUGCAGCGGUUUAACUUUAGUUUUUGAAUUCUGUAAACUUUACACCUAGAAAUCAUUCAACAUUGAGGCCGGUAAGCACAAGGUUAAGGAUGUGAUCACACAUGCAGUUGAUUUUCCUGCCAGCCUCACUCACACUGACCAUGAACCAGAACAUAUAAACAAAAGUCACGUCACUUUUAAGACACAGUUGUAACUUUGACCGAGCAUGACGACUCAGCUUUCAAAGCAUUUGGCGUUUAAUGUCCUGAAGUGAUCUCUGGCAGCACUCACUCUCAUGCUGUGUAGUCAAGUUUACGGUAACACUUUAUAAUAACCAUCACUAAUAAAUGGUAAAUUGAUAGUUAAUUUAUCUUUAGUUAAUAGGUAUUUUACUGUUAAAAGACAAUGAAAUGAUGAUUAUAAUGUUUACUCAUUAUUCGUAAUGUUAUAAUUAAUUAAGUUAUUUUAUCAUUAGUUUAGUGUCAUAUACAAUAAUAAGUUUUUAACUUCAGAUAAAUAGGUAAUACUUUGUCAGUGAUUAAUAAUUGCAUUAGAUCUUUAUUUGGCGAUCUAUAAAAGAGGUGAUUAUUUUAUUAUUUGAGCACUGAUAAUAUCUAUCUAAAUAAUGUUUAUAGAUGCUUUACAAAGUCUUUAUUAACCAUUAACAAGGUAUUAUUUUCAUCAGAUGCAACUUUACAAUAGACAUCCAAAUUAUGUUUACUGACGGUUCACAAACAAUUUCUUAAUCAUUAACAAAAAGUUAAUAUAUAUAUAAAAUGUUUUGAUGUGAACAACAUUAAACUUUUAAAAUAGCAUAAAUUAAAGCAUAACUAAUAAUUAGUAAACAUUAUUAAUUAUGAAUUUGUUGUUAGUUAACAGUAAAAUAACUAUUAAUUUAAGUUUAACUAUCAAUUUAUUAGCGAUGGGUUAUUAUAAAGUGUUAAGUGUUACCCCAUUAAACCUUUGCAGGAGAAGAGGAAACAAUAGAUAACCAUGUGGGAAACAUGAUGGAAAUAUAACAAUUAUGUGUAUUUCAUGUAUGAAUGUGAGGGAGUUUACAGGCUCCACACAGAUCUGAUGAUUUUAGCUCUUCAGAGGAUGUUUAAGUCACGCUUCAUGUACGUUAUAAGUUCUUCAAGAAGUCUGUUUCCAUUGUACUUCAUCACACUUUGUUUUUUUUUUUAUAGUUUUUCAUAGAUACAUCAACUUUUCCACCUCAGCCAAGCGUAUAUGUUGCUAUAUUUUGACGUCGACCUAACUACACACAAAUCUGUGUGGCUGAUUGUUCGCAGACUGUGUGGACAGUGCUGGCCUUUUAUUAGGUGCUCAUAUUGUGAAGCAAAAGGACACAACAUCACUGUAUGUCAUGUUUUGAUGUCACUCCUCUAACAUGAAGCUGUUGAUCACUCACCAGUCUGCAGGACCUCUGUGGUGGUAAAAAAAAAAAAAAA